UCAAGCAAGGAGCCAUUUUGGUCUCUAGACCAAGAAAUGGCUCAGCUUGCUGAUGAGUUGAAAUCUGUGUCAUCUCCUGUCAAAUAUCUUUUGGCUAACACCACCAAUAAGUCCAAUAGUUACAGCAGGUCUGACAGUUUAUCUGUUGGCAGCAGUGAAGAUGAACCUGAUGACUUAGAACCGAUGGACCAUGAUUAUAAUUUACCUCAAGUAAAGAUUAAGAAGUUUAUAAAUCGGGGAAAGUGGUCUAAAGAAGAAGACGAGAAGUUGCGUAAAAUAGUUGAAGCUAAAGGCUUUCAUGACUGGAAAGUGGUGUGCAGUUUUUUUGCAGAUCGCACAGACAUUCAGUGUCAACACCGCUGGCAUAAAGUUUUGAACCCUGACCUAAUCAAAGGACCUUGGACAAGAGAAGAAGACAAUCGUGUAAUUCAGCUUGUUAAUGAAUAUGGUCCAAAAAGGUGGACAUUGAUCUCAAAGCAUUUGAAGGGGCGAACAGGAAAACAGUGUAGAGAAAGGUGGCACAAUCACUUGAACCCAAGUAUUAAGAAAACUGCUUGGACAGAAGAAGAGGACCAACUUAUUUAUCAGCUUCAUCGUCGCUUGGGAAAUCGUUGGGCAGAAAUAGCUAAAUAUUUACCUGGAAGAACUGACAAUGCAAUAAAGAACCAUUGGAAUUCUACUAUGAAGCGUAAAUUCGAGGGUGAGGAAAACAAUGACAGAAAAUAUAUAAAUAAUGGCUUGUCCCUUUACAGUCGACCAAUAGUUCCAAGUGGCUCAUUAAAAAAUCUUAAUGUUCAGCCUGUGUGUUUAUUUUCAAAUAUGUAUAACAACAAUGAAAGUAUAAAUUCAGAGCUGCUGCCUAAAGAAAAGUCACAGAAUUGUGUUUCACUAGCUCAUAACGAAGAAUCAAAUAGUCCUCUUAAGUCAUUAGCAGAUGUUACUGAUGCAAUGAUGGAUCAGCCAGAUUUUGGAAGUAUGUCUUCAUUAGAUUUAAUGACUGGCAUGGAUGUUAACCCAGGGUGCACUCCAAUCAAGUUUAUUAAACAGGAAAAUGAAGAUAGUUAUGAGAAAAAACCAAGCCCAACUCUCUUACAGUCUUCAACCUUUCCCCAAAGCUUAAGCUCAACUCCAUCAAUUUUACGGCGGGGAAAAUACAGGAGGAGACAAGGUACAACUUUAGCAGAGGAAUUGGAAAAUGUUUUACAUGAGUUGGAAGAACCCUUAGAUGGGAUGUCCUGUGAUGACCUUGUAGCUGAUGCACAACCUCCUAUGGCAGCCCAGCCCCUCCCUACUACACCCAUCCGCAUACCUUUUGAAAAUCUCCCUUUUUCCCCAUCACAAUUCUUGAACAGUCCAAAUCAAACAUCUGCUGGCAAAUUGACCUCUACUCCAAUGUCCAGUCAGGCAUCUUAUGGCCAUCUGCAAAAUAAUGGUGCCAGAGACUCUUCUCCAAGAACACCAACUCCAUUUAAGCAUGCUAUUGCUGAGGUUGAAAGGAGAGCACAAAGUAAAACCUGGAGUCCAAGUGAUCUUGAUGACCUUGGUGAGGUGCUGAAAGACUGUGAUGCCGGCUAUGAAGCUGAUAUUUCAUCUGGAAUCAAUCCAGCAUCACAUACUAGGCUUUCCAAAAGAAAGCCAAAUAAGGAGGUAGCUCAUCACAUCCAACAUAACCGUCGAGUUCGACAGUCCCUGGAAAAUAAGUUGUGUCAAGAGCAAGAUUCCACUACUGAAUCAUUAUUUCAUUCACCAGAGACGCCUAGCAAGUCACUGGCUGGAGAUACCAGUUUGCUGCUUUCCCCACCUUCAAUAAUCAAAGAAACACUCCCUGAAGAGGUCCUUGAAGAGGUUUUUAAUCUACCACAAAAGAGCACAGUAGGCUCUGUUUAUUUUGAGUAUGCACGGGCAAGAAAAGAAAGUUCAGAAAAAAUCUGUGAAGAAAAUAAUAUUUACAGAAUCCCCACAAAAGCAGGUGGCAAAGAUUGACCCUUCCUUUCGCCAAGUUGCGUGUGGACUUACCAAAGACCAACUGGACAUGAUUCAAUUAGCCAAAAGUUAUUUACAGAGCAGCUGAUACAAUCUUUCCUUUUUUAAAGCCUUUUUUCCAAGCCUCGACAAUUCAGCUUUGAAAUGGAGAUCGACAUUUUGUUAUGAGACAUUCUUAUUUAUAUCAUGUAUAACUGGGGUUUUCCAGUCAAAUAUAGUAAAUAUGUAACUGUUGUAUAGAAUAUCUUAUAGCAUAGAUUUGAUUUUAUGAAUCAGAAAAUUAGUUUUUAGAUCACAUUAAAAGCUAUUUAUCACUAUGUUUCUUACUAUUUGGUGAUUUAAGUUGCUAGUUUUGUAGAAAGAAAGUAAUAAAAGGGUGGCCACUAAGUUUUUUUUUUUUCCCAUUUCAAAUCUCACCUCAUACUAAGCUGUAAAUCAAUAAUUGAUGGCUUUCAUUAUCUUGGUGUAAAAUGUAACGGUGUUGAUUGAAAUUCUCAAUUUUAGUGUAACUUGUUAAGAACUUGUGAUCUUAGCCUCAUGUCAGCUUGGUUGCUAUAGAUAGGUGAAGUAUUUUGUCAACAACAGCUUAUUUUUAGCAUACAAUACAUUCUAUUAUUUAAUGAUGAUCAUUAUUUUUUGAUUGAAUAUAUUGCAGAAGGCAGGACCUGGGUUUAGGCGGUUAUAUGUACAUUGUUUCAAUCUAUGCAUGUACAUUAGUUUACUAUGUACAUAAAUAUUUAUUUCAUAAUUCCAAUUUUUGCCCUUGACUAUCUGUGUACGCCUAAAAGGCAUUCCUUGUCUUUGUCUAUUUUGAUUUUGCCAAGGCACAGAGUAAACAAACUGUGUUAGUGAACGUAUACAUCAAGUUAGCCUUGUGUGCUGUACAUAUUUUGUUUUAGAUUUAAUUUUUGUCUCUUAACUACUCAGCCCCUUAAAUAUCGACUCUUUUAUCUGAUCUCUGUCUUAAGAAAGAUUUUUAAAAUUGUCUAAUCUCACAUGCCAUUGUGUAUUAUUUAGCAGGUAAAACUUAACAAAUAAGAUAUUAUGUUGGUUUUAAUAUGCAGCCUAGCUGGUUUAAAGUUAGCCACAUUUUUAAAAACAGUACCAGGAUUUUUUUGUCAAGUUUUUGUUUCAUGUUGGUUUAUUUAUUUUGUUUGUUAAGUAAGUUGGCAGCAUUAAGCAGAGAAAUGACCAAUUUGUUGACACUUGAAUGCAUAUUUCAAUUGUAUAUGAUGUUAACACUAAAUGUUUGAUUGAUUCACUAAUCUUCUUGAACAGACUUGUCAUGUUAUCAUGAUACAUGUUGACCAGUUUCUUCACCUCAAAUGAUUUUCAAAACGGUUAUGGUCACAAUAGCUGUCAUAGUUUGAUUUGAUGGAUUAAUAAGAUCUAUAAAUAUACAGUUAAAGAUAACAUUUUGACAAUUAACUGUGUGCCUUAGAAAAUAUAUUUAAAACAUUAGAUGCUUAAAAAUGAGUUAUUUAGUCAAAUGUUACAGUGACUUCUUUUAAAUUGUGUUGUACAAAAAUGUCUUUUAUUUGCAAACAAUAAUUUGUCUUCUUUUACUUGUCAAUUCUUAUUAGUUGACAGUCAGGAGUAUUCUAUUUUCAACUCAGUGCCAUUUUUCUUGAAAUUUUGGAAUGAAAAAUUGGAUGGUGAUUUAAGUACAAAAAUAUUUUUACUUUGUAUAGUGUAAAUUUGUUGUUUUGUUUGAGUAGUACAGAAAUAUUUUUACUUCAUCUGUAUGUGUAGAUUUGUUGUUGUUACAGAAAUAUCUUUACUUUGUCUGUAUAGUGUAGAUUUGUUGUUACAGAAAUAUUUUACUUCAUCUGUAUGUGUAGAUUUGUUGUUGUUACAGAAAUAUUUUACUUCAUCUGUAUGUGUAGAUUUGUUGUUGUUACAGAAAUAUUUUUACUUCGUCUGUAUAAUGUAGAUUUGUUGUUACAGAAAUAUUUUUACUUCAUCUGUAAGGUGUAGAUUUGUUGUUUGAAUAGUACUUAAAUCAAUGUCUAUGAAAUAACUGGAUGAUAGUUGAAAUGUUGCCAUUUGUUUUAGAAGUGCCUUUUAUUCCAUGACAUGAGUGUGACAUUUAGAGCCACUGAUUGUUCUUAGUGUACAUCUGAGUCCUGUCUGGGCUGUACAUCAGAUUGGAUGAAUGCAUUCCUCUACUUGCUGUGCCAGUUUUGUUUUAAAUUAGCUUCAAUUACAAACCUGCUUUUUUUAUGUACCAUUAUCUAGUGUAUUCAUUCAGCAUACUGUUCAUGCUUGCCUUUGACUAUCUUCAUUUUGUGAUAACUUAUUAUUUAAGUACCUGAACAAUAUCUACAGACAUAAACAGAUAAUGUGUUGGGUUUGACACUUUUAGAAAUGAUGAUAGUAACGCUGGGUGGUCUUGUGUAUUAUUGUUUGCCUUAAAGAACAUGUAUUGUGUAGUUUAGGAUAUUCAAAGCAAAUACUUUUUGUUUGUGGUAAAGUAUAGCUUGGUCCUUGGAUGAGUCUUUUUAAGUCCAGUACUUCAAAAAUUGCUUUGAUUGCUCAGCUUAUUGGGUUCUAUUUAUGUAGAUGUUCUCUUGUAAUAAAUCAUUGUAUUGAGUUCA